UGCGCGCGCCCCGGGUCGCUCGCGCGGCAUAGCGCGCGGCUGUGCCACAGGGCAACAAGUGAGCGCUCCCCGCUCCCCCGGCGGCGGCCGCCCCGGCACCCCCCGAUCCUGCAGCGCUCCAUCGAGGUGACUCUGCCCUCUCCGCGCCCCUUCCCUUCGCUCCCAGCCCCGCUCCGUCCGCCGGCCCCAAAGAGAGAGAGGCGGGACGGGAGGGGACGAACCCUCCGCGGUUGCCGCCCCGGCAUCACCCUCAGGUGCGGAGCCGACGCCCGGUGCGGGGUCUGGCUGAGUGCGGCGGCCGCAGCAUGGAGCUCCGCCGGGUGCUGGGGCCGCGGUAGGGCGACAGGCCGGGGAGGGGGGACACCCUCCCCGCCUUAAGAGGCAGCCGGCGGCCGGACUAAAGCAUGGUGGACGUGGAGGCGGCGGCAGGAAGAACCCCGGCAGAGCCCCGCGGCAGCCUGGCAAGAUAUGAGAAAUGAGUGUUGGACGCAGAAGAUUAAAGCUGCUGGGAAUUCUGAUGAUGGUAAACAUUUUUAUUUAUGUGAUUGUGGAAGUCUCAAAAAGUGGCGGCCAAGAGAAGAAUGCAAAAGGACGUGUUAUUAUACCACGCAGCAAGUUCUGGAGGAAAUACACUCCUCACAAAGCGUAUUGGAACAGACAGCAACAGAAGCUUGAGCUGCUCUACAACCCUAUUCUGACCUUACUUUCCAAUAUGACUGUGGAAGAGAACUUAGUUUCCAAUGCGAGUGUUCUCAAUUCCUGUGACCCUGACCCAUGGGUAGCUUCAGAGGUUAGUGACUUUGCAAACUUGCCAGACAGAUUCAAAGACUUUCUACUGUAUUUGAGAUGUAGAAAUUAUUCAUUAUUAAUGGAUCAGCCAAACAAGUGCAAACAUAAACCUUUUUUGCUGCUGGCUAUUAAGUCGCUUACACCGCAUUUUGAUAGAAGGCAAGCCAUUAGGGAAUCCUGGGGCAAGGAAAUCAAAUCAGGAGAUGUGACUGUCAGAAGGGUCUUCUUACUUGGACAGACACCACCAGAGGAUAAUUUCCCUGAUCUUUCCGACAUGAUAAGAUUUGAAAGUGAAACCCACCAAGACAUUCUCCUCUGGAACUACAGAGACACUUUCUUCAACUUAACUCUGAAAGAGGUGUUGUUUCUCAAGUGGGUCAGCAGCAGUUGUGCAGAUGUCCAGUUUAUUUUUAAGGGUGAUGAUGAUGUUUUUGUGAAUACCAAUCAGAUCCUGGAUUACUUGAAGAGCUUAACAAAGGACAAAGCCAAAGACUUAUUUAUAGGCGAUGUGAUCAAAGAUGCUGGACCUCACAGAGAAAAAAAAUUGAAGUACUACAUCCCAGAAAGUGUUUAUGAAGGGUCGUAUCCUCCAUAUGCAGGAGGUGGUGGGUUUCUGUACUCUGGUGAUCUGGCAUUAAGACUUAAUAAUGCAUCUGACCAGGUACUCCUUUACCCUAUUGAUGAUGUUUAUACUGGAAUGUGCCUUCAGAAGCUUGGGCUUGCUCCGGAAAAACACAAAGGCUUCAAAACAUUUGAUAUUGAAGAGAAAUACAGAAAUAACAUAUGUUCCUACACAAACUUAAUGUUAGUACAUAGUAGAAAACCUCAAGAAAUGAUUAGGAUUUGGACACGCUUGCAAGAUCCACACUUAAGUUGUUAAGGCAAUGUGCGUAAGUGUCUUAAGUACAAAUAACUUUUGCAGUUUGGGUCUGACUUUCUUGGUGGACCAGUGAAGCUCUGUUUUAAUAGUUAAAUUUUCUCUGAAAACCUUUUCCAGUACUUCUGAAGAUAAGAAUAAUACUAAAAUUUGACUUGAUGGCUUGAAGACUUGGUCCUGACUUUUCCACUGUCCUGGUGGUCAUUAUGUUUCAAUAUUUGUCUUAAUUUGAAAAAGGACUUCAAGGCUGUAACUAGCUGUCAGUGACUGGUUAGCUGUAUUGGAAACAGGGAUUGCCUACUACAAUGCAUCUUUUGUGAACUGUGAUGGUGGAAGAUAAUUUUUCCUUGAGUAGUGUCUGUGUGUGGGUGCUUGGAAACCACUGUCAGAUUGAAAAUUCACGAAUUGGAAGGAUGUAGUUUUAAGUAUGAAACACUCUUACGAGACUUCAACUGUUGGAUUUUGUAGUUCAUGGGUUUCAGUCUUUUUGCACCCUGGAACAGUGUUUUUCUCCUUUACUUAGGAUAUUUUGUGCAAAGCGUGCCUGCGUCUGAAGGAUUUACCCUUUUAUUAGAUAAUGCUGUUGGGAACACCCCAUAAAAGAGCUGAAUAUAUAAGGAACAGGAAGGACAGAUUUUGUUUGGGGCUCGGCAAUAGGUACAGUUAGGUCUGCUCCAAGCAUACAGGAGGUAAAGCUGACUUGUUGCUCAUGUUAUUUUUGUGAAAAGCUACUCUGGUCAGUCUUUGCUUUCUGUUUUGGCACUAAAUGUGGUCAGGUAGCUCAACUUGAUGCAAGUAACUGAAAUUGCACAUUGCUUACGAAAGCAUGGUUUGGAUCUCCUAUAAAGCGGUAGCAAAUCUAGAAUUGUGCAGAUCCUAAGAGUUUGGGAUUUUGAAACAAACUUUGAAGUUGCAUGAUGUCUCAUGUAGAGUUAAACAUGUUCUCAAAACUCAGAACUUCUGUAUUUCCACAUUUGCUUAUAAGAGUUAUUCUAAAUAGUGGUUGCUUCCUUUGUAUGUGUAGAAGUGCCUGUCUAUUUAUUGUUCAGAUUGAAGACCAAAACAUUUUCUUAAAUAUAUUUUGUGUAACGUUUUAUUUGUAUAGUGUUGUCACUCGGAUAUUUAAAUAGAGCAUGAUAUUUUAAAUCUGAGAUGUGUAACAUGUUAAAUAAAGCUAAUUGUUAUUUUUGAAUUUGAAAAAUAAAAUGCGAUUUAAAUA